UGUCUCCUAAAUGCAAAAUUAAGGUGACUGCAGAGAUAGCAAAGAUAAAGUAAGUUUUCUGUGUUAGUGUGGGGGCUUAAAAGAGAAAUGAAAUCUCAAAGACCUUCAUCUCUAUGGGUAGAAAACUUUCCUACAGAAAAAGCAAUUUUCCAGACUAAUUUUCUCCCUGGUCCUGUAAAUUCUGCACAGAUGUCCAUAAUGAAGGAAGAGAGGACUGAUGGUAAGAUUGGAUUUGAAGGUUCAUCCCAAAGUGCUAACAUCCAUUUUGCAGGGAAGGGGCUGGGGGGAAGCUGAUAUGCUUCCUUCCUGGAAGCUGGAGGAGGUGUCCUUUCUUCAGGCAGGUGUGUUUCACCCCACAGCAGUGGCUGUGUUAAUGAAAGUUACAACUAAAUUAUUUUCAGGAUCAAGGUGGAUUAUUUGGCUCCUUUAGAGUCAGUAAGUUUGGGCUAAUUUUGUAGUGGCCCAGAGGUUUCCUGCUGCCUCAGUCCUCAUUCUCCUUCCAGUCCUUAGAACUCCACUUCUCAAUCUUUGCUGACCUGUGACUCCCAAAACUAUCUCCUAGUAUCUUCAACCUGUCUUUUACUGUUUGCUCUCCUUGUUUUCUUCAUUGUCCUUUAUUUUUCUUUAUCUUUCAUCUUUUGCAGAAUUUCUGUAAGUUUCCUUUCCUUCCCAUAUAGAUCUGUGAAAGUAUUGUUUUGAAGGGGUUUAUACCUGUAAAUUUUGGUUACUCUUGAUGGUUGAUGAAAAUGUGAGGUUUCUGUUGGUUUUGUUUAUUUUGUUUUUCCCUAGAAAUGCUCAGGUGUAACAGUUGAGUUAAAAAAAAAAAAGAUAGGACUUGAGAAGGAUUAAAAUGAUGGCACAGAGUAGCUGCACUGGGAUGUCACGUUAAGAUCUGUAUUGGGGUAUUGCAUCAGAAGCCAAGGUAAAGGUUUUAUUCCAUGCUCUGAUAUGACUGCUGGUGUAUGGGAAUUUGUAUAGCCAGGAGGGGAAUGACAUACCACAUUAUUGCUAGCUAAUGGACUGUAUAUGUCUGCUGCACAGAGGGACUUUCAUUUGAAAACCAGUUUUCCCCAUGAUUUGAUUAAAUGCAGACUCUUUAUUCCCUUUAACUGGGCGUACUAACAAGAAAAAAGGGAGAACCACAAGAACCACAAGACUUUGGCCUGUUCAAGAUUUAAGGACAAAGGAGGACUGGCAUUUUUAAAGCUCUUCAAAAACAUUUAAGUCACUCUGUCAACAGAAUUUACCUGGUAAAAGCCCACCAGGCUCUUACCUGUAAUUUGUCAAUUUGCUUUCCUUAAGUUUACAAAAAGACCUUUUUCUUGAGUGACCUUUGGAUUUUAACCACUUAAGACCUUAGCUGUGGAGCUGAGCUCUGAACACCCUGGGUUCUGCCCAGGUGGCUGCCUGCUGGCAAGGGAGGCAGGCUAAAUAAACCUGCAGUGAACACCCACGUCAGACUUGGGGACUAAGACUCGGCUGAGGUCAACAGAGCCUCUUCUAAGAAGUGCAUUUGAGUGCUAUGUUCCAGUGCACUUCUGCUUGAGGGGUACCUGAACAGAGGUUGUUAAUUAAAGAGAUAAUUUUAGUGAUAAGAGAAUGUGUGAGUACCUGAUAAAAUGCUUUCAUGUUUUGCACCCCUUAACAGGGAAGGAAAAAACACGAGCAAUUUGGUCACUUAAUUUGUAGUUCUUUUUUCCAGUUGUCUCAGUUUGUAGAGUGACCUUCAUUAAUGAAAGCCACACAUAUCCAUGUGCUGACUGUGUGGCACUUCCAAGUGCAAGUGUAGCACAACAGCUGGCCCAGAUUGCCCAUGGCCUCUUGAUGUCUGACAUGGAGAACUGACUGUGAAGAGAAAAGAAGGUUUUACCAGACUGCUGCAUUCAAAACACAAAUAAUUUGACGGGCAAAUGUUUUUCUGGUUAUAAUAUUGAAGACGAAAUGUCAUUGCCAUGUAAAAGAAGGGAAGAUUUAAAGUGCUGGGAACGUGCUUAGCUAUGAUUAUAGGUUUUUACAGUAUUUUCAUUGUGCUAAACUGUAAAGAUUUGUGAGAUUUUGUGUUGCAGUUGUGUUUGACCCUAGAGUUCUUGCAUGCUAACCUAACGUAGAAGAUUAGCCUCUUUGCAUGCAGCUACUGCCGUGACAAGCAUGUUCUGUGAGAAUGACAUAACCUCCCCUGGCUGCAGCCCCUUCCCAGCCCUGUCUGUGGCCUCAUUUCCUGUGACAGGCUGAAAAGGCUCAUUGAUGAACGAGAAUCCCUCCUAGACCAGAUUAAAAAAUUAAAGGGACAACUGGAAGAAAAGCAAAAGAAUGGCAAGAUGGAUAACACACAGUCAGAAGAUGAAGUUCUGGAAAAUGGGACAGAUAUGCACAUGAUUGAUCUCCAAAGAGAUGCCAACAGACAGAUCAGUGAUCUCAAAUUUAAACUAGCAAAGUCUGAGCAAGAGAUAACAGCAUUGGAGCAGAAUGUAAUACGACUGGAAGGUCAGGUAGCCCGAUACAAAACUGCUGCUGAAAAUGCUGAAAGAGUAGAAGAUGAACUGAAAGCAGAGAAACGCAAACUACAGAGAGAGCUUCGUUCAGCACUGGAUAAAACUGAAGAGCUCGAGGUGAGCAAUGGGCACCUAGUGAAACGUUUGGAGAAGAUGAAAGCCAACCGGAGUGCUUUACUGUCGCAGCAAUAACCACCACCUCCCGAUGGAAACCACUACUACUUGACGGAAUCGGAACGACGCUGCAGCUGCUUCUGUCUCUUGCUGCCCGGGAUGCUUUGUGUCAUGCCUUCUGAGAACAGACAACCCCAACAUUUGCUACGUGCCACCCAGCUGUGGGUCUCUCUGCGCAGAUUCAAACCUACUGCACUAUACCCAUAGGAGUAGCUGAUCCAAAUGGCUGUGCCUGUGGGAGCCCUUCCACACUGAGCGCUGGGGACAUUCGAAGUACCGUAUCAGUCGACCACGUAAGAAGCACAUUAAGUUCUCCAUCCAGAGGGGCACAGCAGCCAUUUAUUGCCAUUUAAAAUGGUAUUCAAAGAAAACAAUUUGACUGGAAUUUUGUGUCUUGCUGAAAAUUUUAAAAGAAACACUGUAAGUUUUGGACUUUUCUCGUGACAGUAUCUGUAAUUUAGUGACUACGGUAGAGUUAUUCAUAGUAGGUUUUUCAUUUACAAAUCACUGUGGAACCACAAGCCAUUACAAAGCAAAACUCCUUCAGUGGAAACCAUGGAAGAAGAUGGUCUUGGAAGCAAAAGUGACCUUAAAUGACUUUGCCAAUAAAACAAAGGUGUCUGGAGGGAUUUUUGCACCAGUGGAAUCAUGAGACUCUUUUAUUUCAGGGUAAAUAGGCAAUAGCUUCAUUGAAUUUUCAACUUUUAUUUGUAUUAUUUAAUCCCUGCUCUUGGAGUUGAAGUAAAUGACUUUUAAAGGAUGUAAAGUUGCUUUAGUAAACCAGCAUAAGGCCGUGUUUUCAGAAAUGGUGGGUUUUGCACUUAGAUCAUUCUCUUUGGUGCAUUUGUCAAAGCAAGUGUCAUUUGCUUAAACAAAAUAUGAAAUGGGUUUUUUACAUCAGAAACUAUCUACUGGUCCAUGAACCACUAGGAAACGAUGCCGCUACAAAAUAAAAGUCUGAUUUUUAAAAGAGUAACUGAUAAGUAAAGAAGCACUUUAGAAAAUAUUACUGCCUAUGGGUUUUCUACAAAUACAGAAGUAGCGACUUCUUUCCUUCUUAGGUCAUUAUGAAGGUUUUCCACUUUUCCUGAAAAUCAGCGUAACCAAUUAAGAUGUUGCAGGCAAUUAUUGUGUGUACAAAAAUUAUAUAUGACUAGCACUACAGCUCUGGUUUAUUGGAAAUCAUUCUGAAUGUACUACUCAAAGGAGAACAGCAGUUACCCGAGGGAUAAAGUUGCCUGUCCCCUUUCGGCCCUUACAGGGAAGAGCCUGAGGCAGGCGACUGAUCCCUUUGGAAUCUGCUCAUGCUGUGAAGCAGCAUCUGCUGUUCCACAGGAGCAACCCUCUGUCCAUGCUGCAUCAAUAGAUAUGGUUCUGUCAAGCCAAAUCCAGACCCGGGAGACCACAUUUCUUCUUAACUUAGUCUUCAGACUCUCUGAUCCAGGUCUUUCCCCAGCCUCUUCCUUGCAGACGGGAGGUUACAGUACAGACUGCUGCUAUUUUCAACGCAAGGGAAUCGCUGGUAUCUUCUUAGAGCACCUUCACUAAAUAAACCAAAAACAGUGUCUGAA